GAGGCAAUGCUCAUGAAAACACUUGUGCACCCAAAUGUCAUAUUGUUGAUUGGCGUAGCAUCGAAUGAAGAGCCUGUCAUGAUAGUUAUGGAACUUGCUCCAGGAGGUUCUGUCCUUGACGCCGUUCAAUCCAAGCCAGGUCCAACGGUGUAUAUAAGAAUAAAAUAUUGUCAUGGAGCUGCAUUGGGCUUGACUUACUUGUCAGGAAAAGGGGUCGGCUUUUAUCUGCGUCUUUUUGUACUUAUAAUCAAAUUGCAGAUUAUACAUAGAGAUAUUGCUGCUCGAAACACACUUAUUGGCAAGAAUCAUACAGCUAAAAUAUCCGAUUUCGGACUUAGUGUACUUGGAGUGCAAAAAAAAGAGAAGACGCUGAAAAAGGUGCCCGUACGAUAUCUAGCUCCAGAAACGCUUCAGACACGUAGCUAUACAACCAAGACUGAUGUGUGGACUUUUGGGAUCUUUAUGUGGGAGGUGAAAGAUUUUUUACAAUGUUAACA